AUGCGGACAUUCGAUUGUAUCGAAGGACCGCUAUCCCGAUUGUUCUAUCGGUAUGGUCGAUAUGUUGCACAACAUCCACUUCCAUUCAUCGCUAUCCCAAUUCUAAUUACCGCUUUCUGUUCCAUUAGUCUUCUUCACAUUCAUCCCGUUACCGAUCCUACUUAUCUUUUUACUCCGCGAAAUGCACCGAGCAAGUACGAACGACAAAUUAUUCAUAAUCUAUGGCCUUUGCAUUAUAAUAAUUAUAUUCCUGGUAGAGCAGUGACACAAUCCCGAGAAAUACAAGUAAUAGUGGCAAGCCGAGAUGGCGGUAACAUCCUGGAACGACCAUAUUCUGAAGCAGUGCGACGUCUGGAUUUUUUUAUUCAGAACCGUGUCAGAUUAUAUUAUAUGGGUAAAACGUACAGGUACCAUGAUUUAUGUUUGGAAUGGCGUAAUGAGGGAUGUCCAGGAAAUAAACAUAUCCAUAUUGUCAGUGAUCUUUAUCAACAUGGCAUCAACGUUACAUAUCCAAUUGUACGAUUCGGUUCUGCGAGUGGUUACAUUGGCGGUGCACUUGGUGGAGUGUCACUUUUCCAUGAAGCCAAUGGUACUGCUUCAUUAGCUGGUGGUCUUGCUUGGUUUAUGAUAUAUCACCUCAAGUUUUUUCCACGAAAUGUUAGUUAUAUCUCUGGAUUAUGGGAAAAGAAGUUACAAGAAGCACUGGACAGUUAUCCGUUUGACCCUUCCAUCACUUUCACUUAUUUGCAUUCACAAACGUUAACAGAAGAGCUGAAACGUAACGCGAAUUCAUUGAUUCCACGUUUUGUGAUAGCAUUUUCUAUUCUCGUUUUCUUUUCUCUUUUAUGUUCCUUAAUAUUUGUGGAUGGAACAUUCUACAUAGACUGGGUCCUUUCUAAGCCAGUAUUAUCACUGUUUGGUGUUAUCAAUGCUGGAAUGGGUAUUGUUACUGGUAUUGGAAUCACUAAUUUUUGUGGCGUGCCAUAUAGUGACAUUGUUGGUGUGAUGCCAUUUCUUCUAGUGGCUGUAGGCACUGACAAUAUGUUCUUGAUGGUAGCAGCUGUUCGACACACUAAUCGUGCCUUUCCGGUUCCAAAACGGAUUGGCGAAUCUAUGAGUGAUGCCGCUAUAUCAAUUCUAAUAACCUCACUUACUGAUGCCUUUUCUUUUGGCGUUGGUGCAAUUACUAGCAUUCCAGCAGUGCAAAUUUUUUGUAUUUACACCGGUGUUGCUAUAACAUUUACGUUUAUUUAUCAGAUAUCCUUCUUUUGUGCACUGCUGUCGUUGGCUAUAGAAUGGGAAGCAGCAGGAUUGCAUUGUGUUUGGCUUCAACCAACUGUACCAGAUGCGUUUAUCAAAUCAACAUCACUUAAAUGUCGAUUAUUUUGGAUGGGUUCUAGAGCGGAUCCAGAUCCCAAAAAUUUGGAGCGAAAUCUGAAAGAUUCAAGCGCAAAAAAGUUCUUCAAAGAAUGGUUAGCAAAGAGUAAUGUGCAUCCCAGGUUUGCUCCAAUAUUGAUGAAUCCAAUAGUGAAGACACUUGUCGUCAUUUGGUUUUUCAUCUACAUUGGUCUCUCUGUAUACGGCUGCCUUCACCUACGUGAAGGCCUUGAACCAAUUAAUUUGCUAGUGCAAGAUUCGUAUGCCAUACCGCAUUAUCGUCAUCUAGAAAAAUAUUUUUGGAAUUAUGGUGCUCCUCUUCAGAUUGUCGUGAAUAAUGCGCCUGAUCUGAGAGACAAAAGUGAAAGGCGACGAGUGGAAUCCAUGGUGCAUGCAUUUGCCAAUACGAAAUAUUCUAUUGGUGACGAUAGCAUACAGUUCUGGCUGAAGGAAAUGGAAAUUUAUUAUAAGAAGGAAUUAGAAAUGGACGUCGUUGAUUCGGAAAUAUACGGAAUGGCGGAACAUUUCUUCUCGGCGAAAUCUCAGGAUAUCUGGAGUGAAGAUGUCAUUUGGGAAACCAAUAAACAGGGUUUAUACAGUAUUCAAAGUUUUAGGUUCUUGGUAGGCAUGAAACACAUUUCGAAAACAUAUUAUCAAGAAGAGGCAACAAAAACGUUCCGAGAAGUAGCUGAACGUUAUUCAUCCUACAAUGUCACUACAUUUUCACCGUUAUGGUUAUUCACUGAUCAAUAUGCCAUUGUGAUUCCCAAUACCAUACAAAAUAUUCUGAUAGCACUAGCGGUGAUGAUUGUAAUUGCGAUGCUACUAAUACCACAGCCGUUUUGCUCCGUCUGGGUAGCAUUCUCUAUCGCAUCCAUUGAUCUUGGCGUCAUUGGUUUUAUGACAUUAUGGGAUGUCAAUUUGGAUGCAAUAUCAAUGAUUACAAUAAUAAUGUCGAUUGGCUUUUCGGUUGAUUAUUCAGCGCAUAUCACCUAUGGAUAUGUUAUCUCUGCCGAAUCUACUCCCAAGCAACGAGUCAAAACAGCACUCGGAGCUCUUGGAUGGCCUGUCACGCAGGGAGCGAUGUCAACAAUUCUGGCUGUUGUUGUACUGGCUGAUAUACCAGCUUAUAUGAUCGUUACUUUUUUCAAAACAGUGUUGCUAUCAAUUAUGCUCGGUCUUCUUCAUGGCCUUGUAUUUCUACCGGUAAUGCUUUCUUGGUUUGUUAAUGGUUCUUGCGUUCUGUCUUCCACCAAUGAUAAGGCUUGUUUCUUGUUUCAUACAACUAUUGUAAAUGAAUCAGUAAAUGAUCGAACAGGCGAACAAGAUUCACAAAAAACAUCGAUAGCUGGGCAACCUGAAGAUAUCAGAGAAGUGAUGAAAACUGUGGUGCAGUCUUAUGGUCCUUACGGUUUAUAUUUAUCUCGAAAUAUUCCCGCUCGGCGAAGUUAUCCUCGCCAGACAAAGCCUGGGCUGGAUUGCAUAAAUCCAUUAGCAAUACCGUCGCAAAAGCUUACUGAAGCUAACUCAAACCCAUUUUAACUACGUGUAAUAAACGUAUUUUGCUUUACAAAAGAUUUCCGGAAUUUCCGGUGUAUAUGCUAUAACAGGUUCGAUGCAACGUUUCAUGGAAUGUAUUUGUCAGUAUUCUCCUGAUCGC